ACUGUGUAACAAAAUAUAGGACAUGAAUUGAUCAUUAUAGAUAUUGAAAUAGAUUGAGACUAUAUUCGACGAUUUCCUUGUAUGUUUAUACUAAAUAAUUCAGUUUGAGUCAAAUUGAGAUUAUUUUAAAAUGCACACGGGUAUAAUUAAGUUUUCCGAUUUAUUAUACAACGUAACUGGAAAACCAGGAUAAAAUGACGGAGAAUGUUAAACAGCUGUGGAAUUUAAAAGAUAAUGUUUAAUUUAUUUAAAGACAAUAUUUAAGUUGAAGAAUGGGAUCGGGCGCAUCAAAAUCAAGUUCUCCAAGUAAAACCGGAAGUCAUGAGAGCAGUGAGAAAUCCAAACCUCGGACUCAUGAGAAUUUACCAGGGAGUUCCGUUCCGCCAAAAGGACUCCCAAAUCAAAGACACGCCGGAAGUAAAGUAGUCGAAAACGGAAAUAAGGGUAAUAGAAAGGUGUCAGUGUCUGCGUCUGCUACUGUGAAAAAUGACAAAACAACAAACUCUUCACAGGAAAAUAGACCGGGUGACACGAAUGGAGUUAAGAGAGAAAAGACGGACCUCCGUAACAAAAGCGCACAUCUGCGGCGAAAUGACACCAAGAACCUUGUCCGAAAAAUGGAGAUGGGAAUGGAGGAUGAAGACGAUGUUGACAAUAUACUUGGCCUGGACAGGAUGAAGACGAAGAUGCAGCUGAAGAAAGAGAAAACGAGGCUAAAGAUGAAUCAACCAAAAGGCAAAUUCCAGCAGGUUGCAAUUAAGGUACAAUCAGGUGCCAAAAAACAUGAUGGACCCAGAACAGAACUGGAUGAAAUUUAUCUUGGAAACGUUACUAUUGAAUGCCCGUCUACAGCUAAAGUUGUUCGAAUCUUUACCAGUAGUACUUUCACAGACACCAUGCAUGAAAGAAACAAAUUAAUGGAGAAUGCAUACCCGAAGAUCAAAGCUUUCUGUCAGGAGCUGGGCUACGACUUUCAGGUGGUUGACAUGAGGUGGGGAGUUCGUGACGAAGCCGCAGACGAUCACAUGACCACAGAAAUCUGCUUGAAAGAGCUAGAGAUGUGCAAGAAAGUGUCAACUGGACCAAACUUUGUAUCACUAAUGUCCCAUAAAUACGGCUACACGGAUUUCCCGAGAUGUAUCGAUGCCAAGGAAUAUGAGGAGAUAUUGAAACAUAUAGAAUCAAAGGAGACUUUGAAUCUUUUCAACAAAUGGUACACCAAGGACACAAACGCAGUACCGCCUGUAUAUGCUGUGCACCCUAUCAGCUUUCACAUAGCAGAUUUUGUAAAUCCCGACAAGGAGAAGAAAACUGCGGCGAAGAACCAGUGGUGGUCCGAAAGCGAGACCAUACAGUCAACGCUGGAAGAAGUGGCACAAAAAGUGUUCGAUGCUGAAACAGCUCGAAAAUACAUACGCUCAGUAACAGAAACAGAGAUUUUCAAUGGUAUCCUUAAAACUGAAGGCUCUGCUCAUACAAGUAUCUGGCUGAAAAGGACGAUAGAAGAUAUUGAAAAUCAAGAAUGCACUUACCAGCUGUCACGAUAUAUAGAAUGCACUCAUAAUAACAGUGAAGAAAAAGUGAAGAAAAUUCGUGCAAUGCUUGACCAGCUAAAGGACAAGGUUGAAAAGAAACUUUCGGGAAAUGUUAUGAAAUACAGUAUUAAAUGGAAUAAAGAUAAAGGUCUUGAUCCAAAUUCUGACGCACAUAGAAACUAUCUAUCGAAGUUGAGCGACGAUUUCGUUGCAAAGAUGUGUUCAAUGAUCCACGCGGCUGUUCAAGAAAAGAAGAGAGCAGACGGCCCGCUUAUUGAGGAAAUAGUGCAACAUAUACAGUUUUGUCAGGAGAAAUGCAGAAAUUUUCAUGGACGGGACGAUGUGUUGAAGCAAAUCAAAUUCUACGUGAAAGGUAUGAGCAAUGAACCAUUAGUUUUGUAUGGACCUUCUGGUUGCGGUAAAACAUCGAUUAUGGCAAUGGCGGCGAAACAAUGUGCAGAAUGGACAAACAACAAAGCUGCAGUGGUAUUCAGAUUUAUCGGAACAACACCUGAUAGCACAAACCUGAUUGGUCUGUUAACAAGUAUUACGUCACAGAUUAGGAAAGCUUAUGGCAUGGAAAUGCCCGUGUCAAAGGACCUACGUACCUUGACAGAUGAGUUCCACUUAACGAUGUUUAUGCCUUCCACGGAUAGACCAUUGGUGCUUAUAUUUGACUCUCUAGAUAUGAUGGACACUUCUCACAACGCAAGGCAGUUAAACUGGCUUCCAACAAGGCUAAGGCCAAACGUUAAAAUCAUGGUUUCUACGCUACCAGACAAUCAGUUUGAGUCCUUCCCAGUAUUACAGACAACGGUAAAAACAAAGGAAAAUUUCAUUCAAGUGCCAACUAUGACAGUUUCUGACCUCAGUGAAAUCAUAGACAAAUGGCUGUCUCUCAAACACAGACAACUUACACCUGAGCAAAAGAAAAUAGUAACAACAAUGUGUUCAAAGUGUCCUUUGCCUUUAUAUUUAAAACUGGCAUUCGACAAGGCGAGUACUUGGACCAGUUUUGUUUCAAAAAAUGUUACGGUUUUGGAGCCAACAGUACGACAGAGCAUUGAUGGGUUGUUUCAGCGACUCGAGAAAAUGCACGGACAGAUAUUUGUCUCACGUGCUCUAGGGUAUUUGACGCUAGCACGAGCUGGUCUGACAGAGACCGAACUUGAGAACGUGCUGUCAUGUGAUGAUGACGUAUUGAAUGACGUAUACGUGUACUGGACCCCACCAGUUCGACGCCUUCCGCCUUUGUUACUAGUACGAUUACGUUCGGAUUUGAAUCAGUAUUUAGUUGAUCGUGGUGCUGACGGUGUACGUGUGAUGCACUGGUAUCACAGACAGUUUAUAGAAGCUGCUCAGAAUAGAUAUUGUAAUGACGUCACAUUAAAUGAGAAACUACAUGCUUCGCUUGCCGAUUUCUUCUCCGGAAAAUGGGCAAAUGGCCAACAAAAGCCAUACACGAGCCCCAAAGGAGAGAAAGGAUCAGCUGAUCGUCAUGUUGCGUCACAACCAAACAAGUUCGGCAACUCUUACAAUAUACGUAAGCUGAAUAACCUACCUUUCCACAGAUGCAAAGCAAAGCAAUGCGAGCUUUUGAAGAAGGAGUCUUUGUGCAAUUUUGAGUUUCUUUUAGAUAAACUGAAAGCAACUACUUUGUGGACAUUGAUGGACGAUUUUGACAUGGCCAAGCAGUACUUCCCGAACGAUGAAUUGCUCAAUAAUAUAAACGACGUUCUACGUCUCGCUCAAGUAGGACUGCUGUAUGAUCCACAUCAAAUGGUGCCACAGUUUCUGGGCAGACUUCCAAAUAAUAAGAGUACAGAGGAGUUUCUGAAAAAAUGUCGCCAGUUUUCCGUGCCAAGCAUUCUGCCGGACAAAAGAAUCCUUACCCAACCUGGAGGACAGUUGUUACAUUCUAUGGCUGGACACAAAGGAGAUGUAUUGUCACUGGACUUGACCACAGACAGUAAAAUGGCUCUCACUUGUUCUGACGAUGGUUCUAUUCGGUUAUGGAGUGUGGAAUCAGGUCAACAGGUUCAUGUUUAUGACGGACUCGGCAAAGUUUCACGUGCACGUUUCUGUUAUCACGAUACAUGUAUACUCAUUGAUAUGAAUAAGAAACUGACUAUUCGAGCUACAAAAACAGGAGAGAAAAUAUUCGACAUAAACUCUGUGACAGACGAUUGUCCGUCGUGUUUGUGUGGGGACGACAAAACCCUUCUUGUGGUGUUCAAGGAACACUCUGGUUUAGUGUACGACUUAAAGGACGGUGUUCAACAGUUCAGUGUUCUACUGUCAGAAGAAUUUGAGUUUAAAUUUCCAGGAUUUGCUUCUGGUUCCAAGAAUUUUGCUGCAGUUACAACAUCAGAUCAGAUAUAUUUGACGGUUUUGGAUCUGAAGAAGAAAGAUUUUUCGUCGUUAUUUCGAGGAUUUGAGCCCUUCAAGGACCAAGGAACGUGGCUACGUGUGAAAGAACUUGGAGAGGAGUGUCAGUACGAGAUUGAUGAAAUGACAGUCUCUACAGACGAGAAACACGUGAUCUACAGCAAUAUCUAUUCUAACGAUAUUGUCUUCCUGGACUUCAGAGCAAAGAAGAAAACAAAAAUUAUCAAAGGCAAUCCGGACGAUUACACUCGAAGUCUAAAAAGUUCCUUAGAUGGAAAAUCUUUGUACUUUGUGAAGGGUGCUUACGUUAAUUUCUACGACACUAUAUCAUCAAAAUCGAGUGAAGAGCUGGAACACAACGUUGACGUCAUCAGUGUAUGUACGAAUGAUAUGAAAACAAUCGUUACCACAGCGGAAGACUCAAAUGUUCGAGUGUGGGACAGAACAAAACAAGUUCAGAAGAUAAGUCAAACACCGGCUUUAAAUGCUAACAGAAUAAGACUGGUGCGGACACAUCCUAAUUCACGGUACCUGGUUGGGUUUGGAUUUAGAACGAGAGAAAAUGACAGCCAGUUUUUGUUUGUCUAUGACCUUUUCAAACAUUGUGCAGUCAGAGAAAAAUCACUGGAUAGCUCAAUAUUCCAUAUGGAAGUGCUGAACGACAAAGAACUGUUGAUAGUGCAUGAUGUAAUCCAGAAACUGAAAGUGGUGGACCUAGACACGUUACAAGUUACCAGAGAAUUUCAGGGCUUUCUUCCCAGCAGGAAAUGGAUUUUCAAAUGUAUCGAAAAGCGUGGCGAAAUAGCAUGUCUCAGCUUCGGACGCCAUAAUGUGAAAGUUUAUAACAGCAACACAGGCAAAACAUCAGCUAUUCUUGAGACCAAACAACAGUCGAAACUGGACGGAUUUUGUGUGAGCAGAGAUGGGAAGUCGUUGGCAGCGUGGUGCGAGAACACCAGUCAAGUGUUUGUAUUCGACCUGCAGCAGAGAAAACUAUUGCACAAGAUAAAAUCAGCAAAGACGGCCAUGUUUGAUGAAGACCAGAUAAUGCUAACACCAGACAGCAAGUUCUUGCUAUUCAAAGUUGAAGGAGUACCUGUGAAGUCAAGGAAAAGUGAAGAAGAGGUGUAUAUUGAAGUGUGGGACGUUCAGAAAGGAUCGAAAGUAUCAGACUUACUGGACAUUGAGUAUCACAACAAGUACCACUCGGAGAAAGAGAAAACCGGAAGUUCAUCAUCUGCGGAUACAUUCGAAAUUUUGAACAAUAAAACGGUCCUGGUUGCGCAUGAUGACUUCAUCCUCAGGGUGUUUGACAUUGGAUCGGGAAACAUUUUGCAGCGACUUUUCGGUCAUUCGACUUGUACAGAGAUUGUAUAUUCACCGGAAAAUCCGUACAUUCUCAGUUUUGGGAGCUGGUCUGAGGAAAUGUCGUUACGGCUGUGGGACAAAUCAGACUACUCUUGUGUGGCAUCUUAUACCUUAGACAAAACGAUUACAAACCUUGGAUUCAGCGCUGACAGAAAAUUCAUUCUAGCAACCAUGGGAAAACCCGCGGAAAUAGUAACUUGGAAGUUUAGCCACUUUAAGCAAGACUUUACUGUCAAGGAAAAUGAUUAUCCAGAAAUGUUUAAAGGACAAGGUACAAAAGAUUACCUUGAUCUUGUUCCUGAAGAAGAUGAUCUUCAAGUUGACCCAAAUGACCCUGACAAGGAUAUGGAAGAAAACAGUUCAGAUGACGACGAUGAUUUUGUGUAGAAAACGAAGAAUAAGAUACUUGAAGGCUUAGUAGAUAUUAUAGAUAAGUCGAAUAAAAGCCAUUGAGUGAAUUACUUAUUAUAGACUCACAGCUUGACAUUUGCAUUAAUGCAAAAGGGAACAUGACCAAAAAAUAUGCAAGGCUGUAUCAAAUAUUAAGUGAUGUUGAUUUUGGUAGUAAUUCGUUUUCAACAUUAAGACCACAGUUUUUACAUUGAUUCUUAAGAAAUAUUAUGUCAGUAAGUUUUUAUCAAAAUAAUUCGAAAGUUCUUUUCUGGAAUAAUUGAUAGGUGAUUCAUACGCUUAUGGACGGUGUGUCGGUAAAUCCAUAAGCAUGUCUCUGUGAUAACAGAAAAGUAUUUUAUAAUUUAUAAGCAUCACUGCACGAUAACUAUGCAACUUUACUGAUAUUUAUUUAAAGGGGAAACCUUCAGAUUAACGCCAAAAUCAUAACUUCAAGAAAUUAUGAAAAUAUCAUAAUUUUCAGAAAUCAUGAAAAUAUCGGUGCAGUACUUAGAAUCAUAAGUCAGUUAAAUGUAAGCUGAUAUUCUACAAAUAACAUCUAAAGUAUACCUAGAUCUAAAUUCCUGCUCUAUUUGAAUAAUACUUUAAUUUGUUAACUUCGUGAAUCGCUCGUUAAAUCUUAACAUAUAUAUGUCAUUGAAUCACAUGUUUUCAAUAAUGAAAAAAUCAUGUUUAAAUCUCGAAUAUAACAUAAUUCGUCCAGCUUGUCAGAAGGAAGUCAAGCGUUGUAUUUUCUGCAAUAAACAACCAUAGAUAUACGGACCGGGAAGAUAAUAUGAUGACGACAAUUAUGACGUCAAACGUCCAAUUCACUACUACUCAGAUAAAUAAAAUUGAUCGUUAUUGUUGUAAUAUUUCAAUGAGUAUAUUACUUACAGGAUAGAAAUAUUAACAAAAUGACAUUAAUCUGGAGGCAUUCCCCUUUAAUUAUGCUUAAUAUAAAUUUUAUAUAGAUUAUUCUAUUUUUGAUAUUUAUAUACAUCUUGCUUCCGUCCUUUUAAUUUAAAUUUUGUAAAAUUCUUGCCAUUUUUCUUAUUGUGUUAAAAUUGGGAUUUCCACACGGACAUUGACAUAACCUUUUAUUUUAGUCUUCAAUACAAAAUAUAAACAAUCUAGUAUACUGAACAUACCUUUAUCGCAUUAAUUUCUCGGUGUUGUAUUUUAGGCAUACUGAUAAGCUGAGUUUAUAUUAAUUUCUAUUGUACGAAAAUUGUAACUCUAUUUUGUGUCGUUUAACAUAUGUUACAGUAUUACUUGAUUCCUCCUAAAAAUGACCAGUCCGUAUUUUAUGUUCACUACCCAUGAUUUAUUGGACUAAAGUUAAAAUCUGAGAAAAUAACGAACUGAAAUUUAUUUCCAAACAGUUAUUGAAUGACUUGCCGGUUAAUAGUUCCUUAAGUCCAAAAGACCGAGGUUUUAUUCAGUAGCUAUUAUUUCACUACAUAGAUAACUUACAAAGUUGUUUUCCUUAUUUAAAAAAGAAUCAGCCUAGCCGUCUUGUGUAUGUCAUUUUGACUAUUGACUAGCAAGCAUUUCAAUGUGUUUUACUUCUUGACAUCAGAAAUAUUUUUUUCCAUAUUUUUUAACGUCAAUUAUAUAAAAGUCAUAUAACAGUAAAUGGUAUUACCCAUUGAUGAGUAUAAUAAAUUCAUUUGAUGAGAAACAAGCUUAAAAUGAUUACUCAUGUUUUGUUUUCCUUUUUUUUUUUGUUAUCUUUUUUAGUGAUGUGUUUUGUUACUUUUUUCUUAUUUUUCUUUAAAUUAAAAAUUCAAACGAAUAAUGUCAGUAAGUGCUCUUUUUAACCAUGUUUAUUUCGGUUUUGUUAUUAUAUCUAGUUUUCUGUUCCAGUACUUUAUUGUCCCUGCAUGUGCACAUAACUGAAACCAGAGAUAAGAAAAGAAUUGACACAAAUGUAUGUUGUCAAAAUAAGAGAAUCUGAUGAUAAUUGCCAUGUUUUCAUGUGAGGCCUUAUUUAAAUAUCAGUUUUAUUUAUUCAUUUUUAGCUCGUCUAAUUUUUGAAAAAAAUGUCUACGAGGUAUUGUCGUCACUUGAUCGUCGGCGUCGGUGUCGGUGUUGGCGUUGGUUUAAAUUUUUGUUUAGGUCCUCCUUUUCUCAAACACUGUAAAAGUACAGCUUUUAAACUUUGCACACUUGUUAACCAUCAUUAGGGGACUAUGUUAGCCAAGAACCAUAACUCUGGUAUGCAUUUUGUUUAGAAUUAUGGCCCUUUUUGUACUUAGAAAAUUUGAGUUUUCUUGGUUAAAUUUUGUGUUUAGGUCCACAGUUCUCAAAAAUUAUAAGAGUCACAGCUUUGAAACUUUUUCCACAUUACCAUGUUUAGGGAACUAUAUAGGCAAAAAAUCAAAACACUGGUAUGCAUUUUUUUUUGCGAAUAAUGGCCUUUUUGUACUAUGAAAAUUUGAGAUUCUUGAUUAAAAAUUUUCUUUAUGUCUAUCUUUUCUCAAAAACUAUAAGAGCUACAGCUUUAAAACUGCACACUUGGUUAUCACCAUUAGGGAAUUAUGCCAAGACCAAUAACUCUUAUAUGCAUUUUGACAGAACUACGGUCCUUUUUGUACUUAGAAAAUUUGAUUUAUUGGUUAAUUUUUUUGUUUAGGUCCACCUUUUCUCAAAAACUAUAAGAGCUAAAGCUUUGAAAUUUUGCACUCUUGUUUAUCAACAUUAGGGAACAAUGUAGGUCAAGAACCAUAACUCUAACCUGCAUUUGUUCAGAAUUAUGGCCCUUUUUGUACUUAGAAAAUCUGAACUAUAACUCUUCUUACAUUCUGUCCAGCACUUGCAGACGAGCGAUGGCACCCAUAGUCGGUGCUCUUGUUUUAUACUUAUUUUGAAUUAUUUAUUAUUAAGUAAGUAUUAUUCAAAUAUUGAAUUACACCUCAACCUAUUUAAGAAACAUGUAUCGGUCAAAAGUAAGGUAGCAAUAAACUUACAAUAAAAUGUUGGUCUAUAUAAUUCUGUAACAGUGCUGGACCGGGGACUUUCACUUUUACUAACUAUGUGAGCACAGUCGGUUAUAUCUUUUAUAUACGAAAAGUGAAAAUACGUUAAAUACAAAGUCUGUAAUAGAUGUACACAGUCUGUCAAAUGUGUCUCUUUUCGGGGAUCGUGUAGUCGAUGUUAUUUUACAUCAGAAUUCAGCUAAAGACAAGAGAUUUCGGAGUGACUUACAUUCCUGUGGUACCGCGUCCGACCCUCGUGUAUUUUGAGCCACGAUAAUAUUAUAUUUAACAGAUGUUCAGAUUAACAGUCUGGUACCUCUUUGCUCUAGGUCGUGGAACGUGGAAGGACGGUAAAUGUGACAGCUCUUUGAACUUCCGAAUUUACUGUCUUAUUUCUUAACACAAACUAAUUCUGUUUUUUUUCUAUACUUUUUUCUUAGUCUAUCUCUACAUAGGAUAUCUGAUAGUCGGUAAUCAUUUAUCUCUUGU